AUGACUAACUUGUCUUUCGUAUCUCUUUCUCAUGAUGAAAUUUCUGGACAAAUACCAGAGUCCAUUGGAGAUAUGUGUGAUUCUCUAUUGACCAUUGAUCUUUCAAGCAACAACUUCAUCGGAAGGAUCCCUUCCAGCCUUGCAAAUUGUUCCAUCUUACAAGCACUAGAUCUUAGCGAGAACAAGUUGUCAGGAGUUAUUCCAAAUUCCUUAGGUCAAUUGCAACAGCUGACGUUAUUGCACCUAAGUGACAACCAACUCUCGGGGAAGUUGCCAUCAUCAUUCAUGAAUUUAUCAUAUUUGCAAACCUUGGAUCUUGGAAACAAUGAACUUUCCGGUGGAAUUCCUUCUUGGAUUGGAGAUGGAUUUUCAAAUCUUGCAAUUCUUAACUUGAGGUCCAAUGCAUUCUUUGGGGAAAUACCUCAUGAGCUCUCAAAACUAAGUUCAUUGCAAGUCCUGGAUCUUGGGGAGAAUGACUUGAGUGGUAGCAUUCCAACCAGUUUUGGUGAUCUUAAAGCAAUUACUGAAGAGAAAAGAAACGACAAAAAUUCAGAAUAUAUGAUAUAUCAAGAUGUGUACAAUAAGUUCGUGUCCUAUCAGGUUGAGGACUAUCAAGAUAGGUUGGUUGUGAAUACAAAAGGCCAAUCAUUGAUGUACACCAAGACUCUUUCUCUUGUCACCAAUAUAGACCUUUCUGGAAACAAAUUGUCUGGAGGAAUCCCCCAUGAAAUGACAAAACUAUCUGGUCUAAUGUACUUGAACUUGUCAAGAAAUCACAUUACUGGCAGCAUUCCUGACAGCAUAUCAAAUAUGCAUCAAUUAUCAUCCCUUGAUCUGUCCAGCAAUCAACUUGCUGGCUCCAUUCCUCAAAACCUGUCUUCCUUGUCAUUUUUGAGCUACUUGAAUUUGUCUUACAACAACCUUUCAGGUCCCAUUCCUUACACUGGUCAAACAACAACUUUUGAGGCAUCUUCAUUUGCUGGAAAUCCUAGUCUUUAUGGUUGUCCCCUUCCCGUGAAAUGCCUACGUAAUAAUGAUGACCUUGCCGGUGGUUCUGAUAAUGGAGCAAGUACUAAGGAAACAAUUGAUGGUGAUGAUGAUGGGUUGAUUGAUCAGGGGUUUUACUUGAGUCUUGGUGUGGGAUUCGCAGCUGGGCUUUUGGUACCUUAUUUCAUAGUAUCAAUGAAUAGGUCUUGGAGUGAUGCUUACUUUGAUUUUUGGGAUGUAGUUAUUAUUAGAUUUCUUGUGUUUUUGCAUAAAAGAAAAAUCAGCCAAGGCCGCAAUAUCAAGCCUCAUCAUAGACAAUAA